AUGAAGACCACUUUUAUUGUUUCUGCCAUGCUUGCUGGCCUUGCUAUGGCUUCUCCCGCAAAACCCGCUCCUGGAGCCACCUGCAAGGUUGACACCGAUUGCAAGCCCAACGAAAGCUGCAACAAUGCCGGCAGCUGCAUUGUCAACAAGAUGACCCGUGAAGCUUCCCUGGCCCAGCUGGGCCAGGCCUGCCACGCCGAUGGAGACUGCGUGAAGAAUCUCCUCUGUGUGAAAGAUGUCUGCUCUCCUUCCCAGAACAAGAGAGAUAUCCUUGCCCACCUGAACCAGGCUUGCAAGGCCACUGGUGACUGUGUGAAGGGUCUUGUUUGCGAACAAGAAAUCUGCAUUGCCCCCAAGAACAAGCGCAAUACUCUUUCUGAGCUUGGUCAAAUUUGCCAGAUCACUGGUGACUGUGUAAAGGGCCUUGUCUGCGGCCAGGACAACAACUGCAUUGCUCCUAAGAAUAAGCGUGACGCUGGCAAAUCCCAACUGGGCCAGCAAUGCCAAGGCUCUAGUGAUUGUGUCAAGGGACUCAUGUGUGAGAAAGAUGUUUGCCUUGCUCCCAAGAACAAGCGCGCCCAAAAGAGCUCUAGCCCUGACGCUUCACUUGGCCAGCAAUGCCACACUACCGGUGACUGUGUGAAGGGACUGGUUUGUGAAAAGGACACCUGCAUUGCUGCCAAGGAUAAACGCGAUAACACCAAGUCUCUGGUGAACCAGACUUGCCAGGUUACCGGUGACUGUGUUAAGGGUCUCGUUUGCAACCAGGACAACACCUGUGCUCUUCCCGACCAGAAGCGCUCUCUUAACUACAACAAGUGCGAGACUGACGCUGACUGUGAUGGCUCCGAGAACCUGACCUGCCAAGACAUCAAGGGCGAGAAGGUCUGCGCUGUUACCCUCUCUUCCAACUAA